AUGGCUGAUGAUGAGUUAGAAACCUAUCGUCUUUGGCGUGUGCGAAAGACAAUUAUGCAGAUGUGCCAUGAUCGUGGUUACUUAGUUACCCAAGAAGAGUUAGAUCAAACUUUAGAUCAGUUUAAGGAAAUGUUCGGUGAUAGACCAAGUGAACGCAAGCCAGCUCGUAGUGAGCUUACCAUUCUUGUAGCUCACAAUGAUGAUCCAACAGAUCAAAUGUUCGUUUUCUUCCCCGAAGACAGUAAAAUCGGAAUUAAGACUAUUAAAGCUAUUUGCCAACAGAUGCAAGAACAAAAUAUCACCCGAGCUAUUAUUGUAGUUCAAGCAGGAAUGACACCAUCAGCUAAACAGUCAAUUGCUGAUAUGGCCCCCAAAUACACAUUGGAACAAUUCUUGGAAGCAGAGUUGAUGGUAAAUAUAACUGAACACGAACUUGUACCAGAACAUGUGGUUAUGACAAGCGAAGAGAAAUCUGAGCUUUUAUCGAGAUAUAAACUAAAGGAAAGUCAAUUGCCUAGAAUUCAAUUGUCCGAUCCUGUAGCCCGUUAUUUUGGUCUCAAGCGAGGACAGGUAGUCAAAAUCAUUCGACCAUCAGAAACUGCUGGAAGAUAUAUUACCUACCGACUCGUUGUUUAA